AUGGCCCCCUACAACAUUGUCGUUUUUGCUGGUGACUACUGCGGUCCAGAGGUUACCGCCGAGGCAUUGAAGGUCCUCCGAGUCAUCGAGAAACACCGCAGUGACAUUCAGUUCAACUUUCAGGAGCAUCCUCUUGGUGGUGCUUCUAUAGAUGCACACGGCGAGCCAUUGACCGACGCUGCCUUGACAGCCGCCAAAAACGCAGAUGCGGUUAUCCUCGGAGCCAUUGGAGGACCUAAAUGGGGCCACGGUACCGUCCGCCCCGAACAAGGCAUCCUCAAACUCCGCAAAGAAAUGGGCACAUUCGGCAACCUCCGACCCUGCAGCUUCGCCGCACCUUCGCUCGUCGACAUCUCCCCCCUGAAAGCCGACGUCUGCCGCGGUGUCAACUUCAACAUCAUCCGCGAGUUAACUGGCGGAAUCUACUUUGGUGACCGCAAGGAAGACAAUGGCGACGGUUUCGCCAUGGACACUGAGCCCUAUUCCCGCGUUGAGAUUGAGCGCAUUACUCGCCUCGCUGCUCAUCUUGCCCUCCAGCAUGAUCCCCCUCUCCCCGUGUGGAGUUUGGAUAAAGCCAAUGUCCUCGCUACAUCCCGUCUGUGGCGCAAGGUCGUGACGGAGGUGAUCACCAACGAGUUCCCGCAAUUGAAGCUUGGUCAUCAUUUGAUUGAUUCCGCGGCUAUGUUGAUGAUCAAGGACCCCCGUAAAUUGAACGGUAUUGUGGUGACGAGCAACUUGUUUGGUGAUAUCAUCUCCGAUGAGGCUAGUGUUAUUCCUGGCUCUUUGGGAUUGCUGCCUAGUGCUAGUUUGACUGGUAUUCCGGAUGGAAAGAAUAAGGUUAACGGUAUCUAUGAGCCUAUUCACGGAUCUGCCCCCGAUAUCGCCGGAAAAGGCAUUGUCAACCCCGUCGCCGCCAUCUUGUCCAUGGCAAUGUUGCUUCAAUACUCUAUCCAACGACCCGCCGAGGCACUCCUCAUCGAAGAAGCAGUCCGAAAUGUUAUCGAGGCUGGUAUCCGAACAGGCGACAUUGGCGGAAAGUCGACUACUGUUGAGGUCGGUGAUGCCGUCGCUGCUGAGUUGGAGAAGUUGCUUCAAUAG